UUAAUCAAGUUGUUUCUAAACUUCCAAAAGAUAAGGAACUUAACAGUUCCCGCCUUGUAAAAAUCGUAAAUGCACGUCUAAUUCGAGAUCAUAAAAUAAUAGACGACGACGUACUUUAUUUAUAUAACGGAAAAAUCAUCGAUCCGCAGACUUACUUUUUUACCUUUGGUAAUGUACCUGAUGUUGUGAUCGAUGCUAAAGGAUUAUUAGUGGCUCCAGGGUUCAUCGAUGUACAGAUCAAUGGGGCUUUUGGUAUGGACUUUUCUCAAUUGGAAAAUGAAGAAAAAAUGAAGAAAGGAAUUGACAAGGUUGCAAAAGGAUUGUUAAAAUACGGGUGUACUAGUUUUGUUCCAACAAUUAUUAGUUCAGGGAUAGAAGUGUAUCAAAAGGUUAUCCCACUUCUUAAACCUCGUAAAGGAAAUAAGAUUAAUGGGGCUGAAAUUUUAGGUGUUCACGUCGAAGGUCCGUUUAUUGAGCCAAAUAAAUGUGGUGCCCAUGAAGAAUCUCAUCUUCGUACCGCUUCUGGUGGCUUCUCUGAUUUUGUAAAAGUGUAUGGAUUGAAUGAAGGAAAAGAUCAAAUAGUUAAGAUCAUAACCGUCGCACCGGAAGUAGAAGGAGUUUUGGAUAGUUUGAAAGAUCUGGUUCAGGCUCGUAUUACUGUCAGCUUAGGUCAUUCUUCUGCUACUGUGGCUCAGGCGGAAUCAGCUGUCGAAAAAGGAUUCCAUCACCGUGAUCCUGGCAUAAUUGGUCUACUUGGUACAACACGCGUCCCACGACCAUAUUAUGGCAUCAUCUGUGAUGGUAUUCAUGUUCACCCAAAUUCUAUUAAAAUGGCCUACGAUUCUCACCCAGAUGGUGCAGUCCUCGUUACCGAUGCUAUGGCAGCUAUGGGAUUACCACCAGGAGAUUAUACUCUUGGUGAUAUUCCGGUGCGUAAGAUCGGUGAUGAACGAGUUGAAGUUAUCGAUAAUGGACGACUUGCUGGAUCGGUAAUUACUAUAGAUGCUUGUGUUAGAAAUUUUAGAGAAUUCACGGGAUGUACAAUUAUUGAAGCUGUUGAAGCAGCAACGUUGCAUCCGGCAGAAUUAUUAGGAAUACAAAAUAUUAAGGGAACUUUGAAUGUUGGAGCUGAUGCAGAUUUGGUAUUCCUUAAUGAUGAUCUUAGGGUUAUGAGGUGUUUUAUUGCUGGAGAAGAAGUUGACAUUUGA